AUGGAUGUUUCUUGUUUGCUGGUUUUGGUCCGCGUCGAGUAUUUGAUUUCCUCGAUACCACCUAUUUCUAGGAAGCUAACCUAUCCGCCACCUGGCACGCGUCCGAUAGAGGACCAGCAACCCCGCGCAAAAGAACAGAAAAUACUUCUUCAAAAUUUAACCGUAAAGCCUGCAUCACCAUUUAACCAAGGAUCAGUUCCGUUUGAAUUCGUACUCAAGAAUUAUACAAAAAUUACUGAUUUAGGGCAUUUUAAUAUUUCAAAUAACGAUAGAGAAAUAACAAAAAUUAAUUUUGAAAAAUCUGAAGUGCUGAAAACUACAGGAUGUGUCGAAAUUGAAGGAUUUUUAAGAGACGAAUUUAUUAUACCUAAUAGAAAUAAGAACACUGAAUAUUUUGGCAGUAUUACAAAUGGCACAUUCAAAUUAAUAGUUUCCGUUUCCAACGUCGUUGACAGUAUUAAUUUUUCUCAAGGCGAAAAAUUAAAACUCGUUGGGAUUUUAGUCGAAAAUGAUGAUUCAACAAUUUCUCUAAAAGUCAAUACAAUAAAUGAAAUACAACAAAUUAAUGAAGAGCCAUUACCAUUGUAUAAAUUAAUAUUAGGAGGAGAAACAAUUUCUCGGAAACCAAAAUCAUCCAGUAAUUAA